ACAAUGGACGAUGACUUUGUGGCUUCCUCCACACCCUCAUUUCUCACUGAAAGCUUGGAGAUGGCAAUGGAAGUGGAGAAUGAGAACUCAAAGCUGCCUUGUUUUUCCUGUGCUUUUGACAACCAAAAUGGAGGGAGAAGCUUCUCUGCAGAGUCUUAUUUAGCAAGUGGGUCUCUUAAGAGGGUUUUGCUGAGACUAGAUCCUUCUCCAAAUGACUAUGAGGAAGAUGUAGUGGAAAUGUUUGGCUUUCAGUGGGUUACUGAAAUGGCAUUAGUUGAAUCCUGUGGACUUCUCUUUGGAUUACUUAGGCAACAGAUAUACAGACUGGAAAACCUAGUACAGAUGAGUUCUUCUGAUUUUGGUCAAGCUGCAAACUUGCACGCUGAAGCAGAGAGCAUCAGGCAUCAAUGUAUUAAGUUUUUGCAUUAUGUGAAAGUUUUCAUCUUCAGGUAUCUGGAACCUUCUAAAGUGGAAAAUGAUGGAAUGCUCCAUCCAUAUGAAGAACUAGAAGCGCAGUUACCAUCAGUGUUGGUGGAAGAGCUUCAUGCUUUGACCAUGCACAUUGGUCACCUUUGUGAACUCCCUAGUAGUGUCCUGGCAGCAUUUACUAUUCAACAUCAGGCAAAGGUCUUUCCCCCAGCGUGGCAUUUACUACAUCUCCACUUGGAUGUUAAGUGGCUAAUAUUGGAAGUUUUUCAUGUACUAGGUGAAAAAAUGAUGAGACAAGUUGUAUAUGCUAACCAUUUCAUAAAUCUAACCGGAGAGAAUUUAACCAGUAUCAGUUUAUUUGAAACACACUGUGGAAAUCUUGUAUCUGAUUUAAUAAACUUGUCCAUCAACAAGUAUAUAAAGGUGAGACCUUCUGAGGCUCUUACUAGUCACCAUUAUCCCUGUACCUGCGUUAAAGAAUUAUGGAUUCUACUUAUUCAGCUGCUGGACCACAGAAAUAAAGGAUCUCACACAGAGUAUUUCUGGAGCUUGGUGAACAAAACCCUAAAGAACAUCUUUGAAAGGUCAAGUAGUUCUGAAAGGAUGUCUGGUUUUGAAACAAUUCAGUGUAAAGACCCAUUGAGUUUUAGCUGGUGGGUUAUUACUCAUCUGGCAUCACUCUACCAGUUUGACCGUAAUGGAAAUCUAGAUGAAAAGAAACAGAAGGAAUCCAAUUGGAAAUUUGUGGAAGAACUCCUUAAAAAAUCCACUGAUGCUCAAACUGGUGUGUUAGAGGAACACUUACGAAUGCAUCUUCAGUGCUGUUUGACUUUGUGUAGUUUCUGGGGCUUGAACCUUUCUAUUAUCACCAUACUCUGGGAUUAUUACAGCAAGAACCUGAACAGUUGCUUUACUAUUCCUUGGCUUGGUCUGAAGGAUCUGGUAAACAUUAGUAAAACUUCUUUGUCAAUGCUUGAGUUGGUGAAAAGUUGCUGUUGUGAACAGCAGAUCCCCACCCUGUACAAGUCCAGCAACAGUUACUUCAUUUUUCUCAGUAUUUUGGCACGGAUGAUGAAAGAAGAGGCAGAGAACAGUGGCGUGCAUCCUUGGAAACAAAUUAAAGGACGAAUUUAUUCCAAGUUCCAUCGGAGGAGAAUGCAGGAGCUGACAGAAGUGGGGCUGCAGAACUUUUUUAAUCUGUUCCUCGUGCUGGCAAUUGUUGCAGAGACGGAAGAUAUUGUGAGUCGAGUGUUGGAUCUUCUGGAUUUCCUGACUCCAUCUUCCAUCACCGUGUCUCAGAGAGCUCUCAUCUGGAGAAGCCAUUUUGCUUUCCUUUUGAUUUAUGUUGAGAAAAACAUGGACAUUAGUGUCCUAGCUGAGAAACUCUCAAAUGCUUUCCGGGGGAAGGCAAAGGAGUUUUUAGUAAACAAAAAUGACUAUACACAGAAACACAAUCUUUGGACUCUACUUUCAACCUACAUUGAUGGUGUCCAAGAAGUGUUUGAGACCAGCUGCUACUUGAGCCUUUCUGAGGAAAAGUUGCUAAAUGAUGGCUUUACUAUGCUGCUGCCUGCUUGUCGAGGAGCUGAACUGAGUAUGGUCCUAAAUUUUCUUCAGGUUGUUCUAGCCAGACUUCG